AACCGUGCGAUUCUCGAUUGGAUCUCCAAAGCACCUCCUGGAGCAGAUCAUGCUCAGACCCGCGAGAAAGGAAAAUUGAAUCGAGAGUAUGCUGGCGCCGGGCAGUGGCUGUUUUCAAGCGCCGAGUUUGUUCACUGGAGCACGACAACAGACAUCAGCCUCCCCAUUUUCUGGCUCUGUGGUCCAGGUACGCUAGGGCUAAUUCAACCGGCACGGUACAGUUGUCUUGUGAUAGAAAAGUACUUAGAAGGGCCUCACAUUCCAGGGUCAAACGCAGAGCGCAUUGCAUACUUCUACUGUACCCGGAAGCAAGGUCAGCAAGAGGAAAGCAGCCCGCAAGCCAUUCUUCAGAGCCUUGUACGACAAUUGGCAUGGGCCAUGGACGACCUGUCAAUCGCCAAAAUAGUCAAAGAAAGGUACCAGCGGGCGCAGCGACUAGAAGGCUAUGGGAAAAGCGAACUGUCCGUGGAGGACUGUGUCGACCUCCUGACGCAGCUCAUCGCAGAUCACCAGCAUACAAUCGUCAUCGUGGACGCACUUGACGAGUGCGCGGAUCCGGACAUGCUAUUAUUGUGUCUCAAGAGGAUUCAUUCCUCCUGCGCCGACAGACUGCGACUUUUUGUUUCCAGUCGCAUGCACAUUGGCGUGCAACACAUUUUUUCAGAGCCCAUUCGCACCGAGAUUGGGCGGGAGAAUAGAGGUGAUAUGGACUUUUAUAUCCGGACAGAGGUUGAGGCGAAUAAAUGGCGCCUGGAGCAAUGCAACGCGGGUGAUCUGGCGAGUACCCUCAUGGGGUUACUUAGUUCACGAGCACAGGGGAUGUAG